UAAAAGCGGUUAUUAAUAUAGGUGUUCAGUGUUGCGUGUAUAAAUGUUCGACAUAUACUGAAUGGAGCAAGCGCCAGUUUCCCGCUGAGUAAGUGCGCGAGGAACGUUUAUCUGCAACACCAACCAGCAUCAGGCAUCCAGCGUCGAAGCUGUGCACUGCACUGAUGUAGUGCAUCGGAAAGACCGCAGCGAAAGUGCAUCAACCAGCGAACGGCGCGUUUUCACCCCGCCUGAACCGAACGAUCGAAAGGGAAAAGGAAAAGUCGCAUCCAGAUCCAGUACCUAAAGCCUUGGCGUGUCGCGUGCAGCCGAAAAACGUUUGCAAAUGUGAAUAGAUAAACGUGCGUGUUUACUGGUCUGCGCUUAUUUUGUGUGAGAAGGUUCCUGUAUUAGUAAAAGUUGUCCUCCCGCAAAACGGCUGUGUUUUAGCGGCGCUUCGUGGUAGAGAUCAAGAUCAAGUUUGCAACAAAGAGAAAUUUUCUGUGAAUGAAAAAUUCGGUUUUUACACAAAGAAGAAAAAUAUCGAUUAACAGGUGCGGUGGGAAUAGCCUAUUUUCAUUGCGUUGUUAAACAUUGAUCAGUUUAAAUAGAAGAACUAGCAGUAAAGUGCACAAUUUCAUCGUACCGUUUAGCUAAAUAUUUGUUAAUCAGCAGGGCAGGUAGUUUUGUGUUAAACAGUUGGGCAAACGAAUUUGUGGGAGAAGCAGUUCAAAUAAAGACAUGAAAUUAAACCGUGAGAAAAUAAUGAACGACGCUUAAAUAAUUCAUCAUCAGUAAACAGUCGUGUUUAGCACUCAACUAAUUCGGCCGGUGCGAAGCCAUAAACACGGAAAAAUCAGCUGAAGAUACAACUAACUGACCGGUCCGGUCCUACUGGGGCAAGGUGCCGAAGUAGAGGCAACAGAAAAUAUCAGACACGGCCGGAAUGGAUCUAUUUUUACUUUUUGCGGUGGCUGCGCUGUUUACUUUCACUGGAAACGCCCAUGGUGGCAACCUAGUGAAGCGAAGUCUGAAGAACACAGUUCCCUGCUUCGAAGAUGGACGAUUUUACAGAAAUCCGGAACGACCCAUCCAAAAGAUGUGGACCAACACCGAAUGCGCCAAAUACUAUCUCUGUUUGGAUGGGGAAGUAUUCGAAUUUAAGUGCUCCGUUGGCCUGUUGUUCGACGUUACCCGACAAAUUUGCGACUUCAAGCAGAAUGUUGAUAACUGUGAAGUCACAGCAGAGGCUCGUGUCCCGAAACCGCUUCUGGAUGCCGCUGAAUGUGAAGAACGGUCCCAGCUGGGCUGUGGGGAUGGAACGUGCUUCCCAAAUGAGUACUUUUGUGACGGAUCGAUUGAUUGCCCGGACGGCUCGGACGAAGGCUGGUGCGAUGUGGAGAAUGAUCCGAACGCAGCGGAUCCGUGCGAUCUAUCCGUUUGCCAAUUGCCGGACUGUUUUUGUUCGAAAGAUGGUACCAUUAUCCCAUCACGGUUGGAACGGACACAAACUCCGCAAAUGAUUCUAUUGACUUUCGACGACGCAAUUAAUUUCGAAAAUUGGGAGCUUUACACGCAGAAAAUUUUUACCCCUGGUAGAAAGAACCCCAAUGGUUGUCCCAUUCGUGCGACCUUUUUCAUCUCUCAUCAAUAUACUAAUUAUCAGCAAGUUCAGAAGAUGUGGAACGAUGGCCAUGAGAUUGCCAUCCAUUCGAUCACCCAUCGCGGGCCGGAAGAAUGGUGGUCUCGAAAUGCGACCAUCGAAGACUGGUUUGAUGAAAUGGUAGGGCAGGCUAACAUUAUCAACCGAUUUUCCAAUGUUCGAAUGGAGGAACUUAGAGGAAUGCGCGUUCCAUUCCUGCGUGCUGGUUGGAAUCGACAAUUUCUGAUGAUGAAAGAAUUCGGUUUCGUUUACGACUCGUCCAUGGUAGCACCAUUUUCGAAUCCACCUUUGUGGCCUUACACGUUGGACUACAAAAUGCCUCACGCGUGCAACGGCAAUAAUCAGUACUGUCCAUCGCGAAGCUAUCCGGGUAUUUGGGAAAUGGUUAUGAAUCAACUGGAAGCCGGAGAGUAUACAUGCGGCAUGGUUGAUUCCUGUCCACCUCACAUGAACGGAGAGGACGUAUACAAAAUGUUUCUACACAACUUUAAGCGGCAUUACCAUUCGAAUCGGGCGCCGUACGGACUCUACUUUCACUCGACAUGGUUUCGAAAGCAAGAAUAUUUGGAAGCUUUUCUGAAAUUUCUAGACGACAUGCAGAAACAACCGGACGUAUACUUUGUUACCAAUUACCAGGCCAUCGAGUGGAUUCGCAAUCCUACCCCGUUGAACCAGCUCGGACAUUUCGAACCAUGGUUCUGUCCACCGAAGCAGUUGGAACCCAGCGAGGUGGCAUGCAAUCUGCCACGAACCUGCAAGCUGCACAGCAGAGUGCUCCAGCAGGAUCGGUAUCUGUUCACGUGCAAUGAAUGCCCUGCGCAAUACCCCUGGAUCCGCAAUGAGUUCGGCCUGGACUAAACCAUGUGUGCUGGUGUCGAGAGUUGUCUUUUCGUUCUACGUUCUACAAAGAAUAGAUCAACCGAUGGUGGCACCGAUUAGAUUAAGAAAAUUUCGCAUUUUGUGAAUUACGAGAAUUCGUAAAUGUUUAAACAUUUUUGUUACUUUUAUUCAUUAUGAUGUAAGAGUUCUAUAAAGUGAUCUACAAAUAAGAU